AGUCUCACCAGAAGAGGGCAUUCCGCUUCUGCCUGACAAAGUUGCCAUGACAUGCAGACGUGAUUAACAACAGCAUCGUGCAGUAUUUCAAACCGAGCAACAACGAGAAUGACAGGGACAUUUGGACCAAAAGGUGAUUAUUUGGAUAUCUGACUGUUCCGUAGCCUGCGACUCGUUGACAGCGGUUUCACAGAGACUUGAGGACAACCGAGUGUUACUUUCCUCUGUGCGUUAUGCGCGGAUCAGAUUGAGCAUCCCCGAGAAAAGAGACGCCGGGGUUUAUUUGGGAGAAGGAAUCUAAGGGCUGCUUGGCUCCUUUGGAAAAUUACCUUCUGUUUUUAUUUUCUUGCCCUAUGCCUACGUAUUUGUGAAGUUUGUGAGAGGAUUUUGGCGAUUUUCGAAUCUCAAUGCGCAUGUAAGACUGACAUGAAUUACUUGGAUGUGGCUUCGUUAUUGUCUGCUACCACUGCAGUACUCUUUUUGGCUGUAACUUGAAAAAAAAAGAGAACGAUUCUUUCCGUGAGAAGACAUGGAUAGUCAGUUUUGAAAGCGGAUUUUUUUUUUUUACCCGUUUAAUCUGGAGUAGGAAGUAAAUGACAUUCGCCCCGGUUCAGUUGCACGGUUAUAAAUGCAGAACUAAACCGGAUAGCGCAUCCAGGUCCGGGAGAGUAAAGGGCAGGUGCGCUUUGGAGUCGGCGGCUGCGCGGAGAGACCGGGCUAGUGGAUUAGGACGGUACCUGUCUGUGGAGAGCGCGUCAUGCGGACUCGGAUGUCGCGCACUAGAAGCCAUUAAAACCUGUAGGCUGGAGCUGACAGAUAAGCGGACAUGGGCUCUGCUCUAAGGCAUCGCUGGCUAGUUGUCCAACUCCUAAUGCAGGUGUGGCUAGCGGCAUAUCCUUCUUUGAGUGAACGGCCAUGCCCAAAGAGCUGUCGCUGUGAUGGAAAAAUUGUCUACUGUGAAUCAAGCGCCUUUCGUGAUGUCCCCAAGAACCUCUCAGGAGGCUGUGAAGGGCUGUCUUUACGGUACAACAGCCUCGCUAGUCUUCGUGCAGGCCAGUUUGUAGGCCUCAACCACCUUAUCUGGCUCUACUUGGACCACAAUUACAUUGCUUCUGUGGAUGCAAUGGCCUUUCAGGGGGUCCGCAGGCUCAAAGAGCUGAUACUGAGUUCCAACAAGAUCACAGCGCUCCAUAACACCACAUUCCACCCUGUUCCUAAUUUGCGUAACCUGGACCUGUCAUACAACAAACUGCAAGCCUUGCAGCCUGGGCAAUUCCAGGGCCUACGGAAGCUUUUGAGCCUUCACAUACGCUCAAACUCAUUAAAAAUCAUCCCAGUGCGUCUGUUCCAAGAUUGCAGAAAUCUUGAAUUCUUGGAUCUAGGUUAUAACCGCCUGCGCAGUAUCACUCGGAACGCAUUUUCAGGCCUAGUCAAGCUCACUGAGCUGCAUCUGGAGCAUAACCAAUUCUCAAAAAUCAAUUUCUCUCACUUUCCCCGCCUCUACAAUCUGCGGGCACUUUACCUGCAGUGGAAUCGCAUUCGCUCAAUGAACCAGGGUUUGACGUGGACCUGGGCCUCCAUCCAGAAAUUGGAUCUGUCUGGGAAUGAACUAACAGAAGUGGACGCUGUAGUUUAUCAAUGCCUACCCAACCUACAAACCCUCAAUCUGGACUCCAACAAGCUGACCAAUGUCUCCCAGGAGGUUGUUGAUGCCUGGAUCUCCUUGACUACUAUUAGUUUGGCUGGGAAUGUAUGGGACUGUGGCCCUGCCAUCUGUCCUCUGGUGGCCUGGCUGAGAAACUUCAGAGGGGCAAAGGAAACCACCAUGAUCUGCGCCUCCCCCAAGAAAGCCCAGGGGGAGAAAGUGAUGGAUGCUGUCGAAGCAUUUGGUGUUUGUCAAUCAAUUCAAGCGACAACUCUCACUGUGAGUAUUCCUCCAACCCCAUCCAGUGUCCCUGUACAGACCGAACGUCACCCAGCCAUUCUGGCUUCACCUACUGGUUCUGGAAAGAGAGGAGAGGGAUCUAACAGAGGCCCCACUUCAUCAGCUGUUACUCCACCUGUGGCACUUCCUCCAGAGCAAGACUUGGAGCCUGUGUCCUUCCAUAAGAUUGUGGCUGGAAGUGUUGCCCUUUUUCUAUCUGUUGCAAUGAUCCUGUUGGUAAUCUACGUGUCUUGGAAGCGUUAUCCCAGUAGUGUCAAGCAGCUGCAAGAGCAUUCGGCAGCAGCCCGCAAACGUCGCAAGAAAGCUAGAGAGACGGAGCGCACCCUGAGCUCUCCACUGCAGGAGUACUAUGUGGACUACAAGCCCACCAGUUCUGAGGCCAUGGAUGUGCUUGUCAAUGGGACCGGACCCUGCACCUAUACAAUCUCAGGCUCCCGAGAAUGCGAGGUUCCUCACCAGUUGGGUGCGCUGACCUUCUACCGCUAUGAACAGCCUAUCGUAGACUACUGCCAGGCCCACCAACCCCUGCGACUCAACAUGGGCUAUGAGGGUCCCCCCCAGGGCCUGGAAGGCCUGGAGGACCUGGGUCCGUGCGAAAGGGGCACUAUACAGACAGUGCCACUGCCUACUGUGCCCACAGCUGCCAGCAUAGGUGCCCCUGUGCCAGGGCCUCGCUCUCCUCCAGCACCCCUCAGACCACCAACUGAAGGUCCCAGCAGUGGUCCUUUUCCUCCCGCCGAGCGCACCGGCACACUCAAAUUUGGACGCUAGCAGGCAAAAGAAGUGGGGCAAGGGCCUCAGAUUCACCGUGACAUUGAAAUGAAGGGGCAGGUGAGCUGGUUAUUCAGUGGGGCCUUGUUUUCAGAACAUGAGCAUAUGAACUACAGGAACAAAUUUUUUUAAUUCUACCUAGAGGGAUUGGUCAUCUGAGGAACACAGUCAAACCAAUAUACAGUGAAGGACAGAUCAUUUUAAUUUCCUACCCAAAAGAACCUCAUAAAAAAACUCCUCCCUACCAAAUCAUGGGAGGUAAUCUGGCACAUGACAUAGAGUAUUACCUUGGUUCAAAAUUUGGUCUUCACCAUUGCCAUGUCCACAGCCUGUCCAUAGCAGUUCGCUUGUGCUGAGGCAAAAGUGAAAGGGAAAGUGCAAUAAACAGCUCAAGUUCUCAAUCACGAAGAAUGAGAGUAGUAACAUAAAUGAUAAAACUUGGUCAUCGUGUGAAGAGUAAGGGGCUUCUUACUGUGAUUAAAAUAUCUAGUCUGUAGCUGUUAAUAAAAGCAAAUCCAUAUCAUUAUUUCACAAAUAUGUGUCACUUUCUCACAUAAUUACAUUUAAGUACUCUUUCUUUUGUUUUACUUUAUUUCCUUAGAUG